AUGGAAUAUCGCAGUAUUUCUUCCAGCACUUCGCCAAAGAAAUUGCUAUCCCCUUGGCACCAUCUGCUUGAUAUUUCUCUGAUUCUAGGUCAAGUGCGUGCUAUAUGGAAACAUGCAAUAGUUACACCUAUUCCGAAGGGCAGUGGAUCAAGCAAAGUGUCUUGCAUUCUAAGCCGAUAUACUUCAUGCACUCUUCUACUGAGAUCUGAGAAAAUAACAGACCAAAACCUUCUAGAUUGGGUGAUCAAAGAACAAUGUAUACCUCAUGAACAGUUCGGUUUUCUACCAGGAGCAUCCACCUGCACCCGACUGAUCGAUUUCACUCAUACCUGGAUAGAGGCCCUCAAUCUUGGGAAGGAACUAGAUACAUCCAAAGCCUUCGAUACCGUAUGCAGUAACCGCCUUCUGAUCAAAUUAGGAAGCGUUGGAGGUAAAGGAAACAUAUUUCAAUGGUUUAAAGCUUACCUUGCAAAGUGA